AAUAAGGCCCUUCUUCCGGAGGGGGAAAAUUAAAAUCCAAAGGAAAAAAAGGUUUGAUGUGCAACUGUGUAGCAGGGCUGUGACAGCGCACUUGCACUCCUUCGAAUUCAAUACAUUCUCUGUUUGCUUUUCAUGAAGGAAAAGGUGCAAGCUAGUUGAAAGGGAAAUCGCAUAAGUCAUCACAUGGUAGCUCGAUGAAUUGGCCACAAGAAUACAAAAUAGGGAAAAAGGUAUGCUGUUGGGGGCUAUUCAUCUAUAAAAGCUCCAUCAUCACACAAAUUUUAUCUCACCGUCGGUAGUGCCCACGUAUGGGUUAUCUAUAAAGAGAUUGCAAACAAGGGCUAAGGGUCACCUCCACAUUCACUCCUUUAAUCCUUGCCCAACCAACCCUCAAAUUUCCCCACCUUGUCUCUGUUCUCAGAAAACACUUCUCUCUCUCUCUCUCUCUUUCCGCCAUGGACAGCCGCAGCCAAGACUCCCGAAUACUUCUCAGCUCUCCAUCCAGAAAUGGGAGGAGAAGGAGGAGUGAUUCCAACUCCCCCGAAUUCGAGUUCUGGAUGGUCAGAAAUCCUUCCUUUCCACAACCCCAUAUACUUUCUGCUGAUGAACUCUUUGUUGAUGGGGUCCUCCUUCCUCUCCAUUUACUCCACCUCCACAACAACCGCCCUGACCCACCAGAUUCGCAACCAGACCCUCAACCGCCCAACUCUCAGCCAGAGGCAGGACCCCGGAUAUCUCGUAACACCAUAACAGCUGAGACCACCCCUUUAUCUGCUUCGAAGAGAUGGAAGGACAUCUUCAAGAAAACUUCAACAGCAAAGAGCCAAGAAGAAAAGAAUAAAGAUAAAGAAAAGGAGAAGGAGAAGGAGAAAGAAAAGAAGAGAGAGAAAAAGAGUCAAAGUGGAGCAAGUUCUUCAGCCGAGUUGAAUAUAAAUAUAUGGCCAUUUUCACGCAGUAGAUCCGCAGGGAACAGUGGAGCCAGACCAAGAAUGUUUCCUGGAGGUCCUGGAACUCGAAAGGUGAGUAGCGCACCUUGCUCACGGAGUAAUUCAGCGGGUGAGUCAAAAUCAAGAAAGUGGCCGAGCAGUCCUGGUCGGAGUGCUGGAGUCCAUCUGGGGCGGAGCAGCCCGGUUUGGCAGGUGCGGCGUGGAGGCGGAGGUGGGGAUACGGGAGCAAUGAAUCGGAGCAGUGAAAAGAUGACGAGAAAAACAAGAAAGGGAGAUGGCAAAGAUGUAAACUUGAAUGUGGCAAUGUGUAACGGAUACAGACAGGAAUCAAGUUGUAGGAGUAGAGGCUCUAAUGUGGGAAGCAGUGGUAAUCUUUUCAAUUUACGCAGCCUCUUCACAAAAAAGGUGUACUGAUUAUAUUAAUUAAGUUUGAUUAUGAUGUGAUCAUUAAUGUUUUCCUUAAUUUAUGUAAUUAUUCUGCUAAUUAAUAUACAAAACGAGGAGUUUUUUUUUUU